UAGUAGGCGUGGUCUAAUGUCUCCAUGGCAACAAUGGCCGAUGAACAAAAGUCCUCUGAGCAAGAAGCAGUAGUUACAUUACAGGCUAGCUCCGGGGCUAAUGGAAGCAGCCAUAAAGUUGAUAUUCACACUGUGAAUCCUGGUAACCCAGUCUUCUCCUGUGACAAGAGAUUCACUAAACAUGCUUCAAAUCUAGUGACUGAGCCAAAAACACAAGAGAAAGCCACCAACAUACAGCACCCAAUGUACAUGACUUCAUCAAACACCUAUGGUUCUUUAGUACCGUCAGCAGAAACUUGCCCAAGCACCUUUCACGGGAAAUCUCAAAAGUUUUCAGAACAUUUAGCAAGAGCUGGGAAUUACAGAAACAAUUCAUUCAACACGUCUUGUGAACGCAACGGAGUUAUGUAGUUUAAUAUUAUUAU